AAUAAUGAAACUAGCUUACAUGUUUCAAUGUUAUACACACCUAACCAUGUGUGACACUUUAAAAUUUUUCGGAAUCUUAGGAUUCUUGGUGCUCACUUCUGCUCAGCCUAGUCUGAAUCAAAGUGCCUCUUGCACGAUAUCGAAAUUUUCUGACGUGUCUGCGGUUCUCAGUAGAUGUACUGAUAUUGUCGUUUCCAAUCUGACAGUGCCCGGCGGAAAAAUACUGGACCUGGAUCUUCAGAGUGGCUCCACUGUUACAUUCGAAGGAACUACCAAGUUUGAACAUGCUCUCUGGGCAGGACCUCUAGUCAGAGUUAAAGGAGAGAAAGUUUUAGUACAAGGAGCAACAGGCUCUGUUCUUGAUGGUCAAGGAGCUCUUUGGUGGGACGGAAAGGGAGGAUCGGUUGCAGGCAAGCCUUACUUUUUCGAAAUAGAUGUAUCAGGAGGAUCGCUAUUCAAAAAUGUUUUCUUGCUGAAUUGUCCUCAUCAUUGCGUCAUCAUCGCAAGUUCUGACACAACUCUGACUGGAUGGACCAUAGAUAAUUCUGAUGGAGAUAAACACCAGCUGGGACACAACACUGACGGUUUCGACAUCAUCAACGGCCAAAACAUCGUCAUCACCAACUCCACCGUGAAGAAUCAAGACGACUGCGUGGCGAUCAACCGCGGUUCAAACAUGCUUAUCUCAAACUUGCACUGCUCCGGAUCUCACGGUCUCAGUUUGUCCGUCGGCUUCAGCAAACACUCUUUCUCCCAUAACAAAGUUACCAACGUCACAUUCAGAGACUCUGUGAUUGUGAAUGCUGGUUCUGGAAUUCACGUGAAGACGCAUACUGAUGGUGGGCUCGGGGAGAUCAGAAACGUGACUUAUGAGAAUAUCUAUAUGGCAGGGAUAACCAACUCUGGGAUCAACAUUCAGCAGGACUACGCAAACGGAGGUAGCACGGGAAUUCUUAAUAAUAAUAUUCCUAUAACCUCUUUGACGCUCACCAACGUGACUGGACACGUUGUAGGCAAAAAAGCUUUAAGAGUCAAGAUUUAUUGUGCCAAUGAAGGCUGCUUCGAUUGGAAAUGGUCUGGAGUUGAAGUUCUGGGUGGAAGACAGAAAAACCAGUGUACUUAUGAACCAGAGGGAUUUUCCUGUUGAAGUUUUCUAGUUUGAACAACAUUUAUAGCUGUUUCGUCCGGAAAAUUUCAUAUCAACGCUGACUGUUCAAAAAAUAAGGUGUAUUUUCAGUCUUCACACAACAUUCAUUAGCUUUUACAAGUAAAAUACGACGCAAGAAGAA